AGAAAAAGUUGUAUAUUUGAAACUAUUGUUUAGUAUGAAAAAGAGAUAAAAUUUGGAUCGGAAAAUGGCGAAAAGUCACCUUAGGCUUUUAUCUUCGAGCAGCGAGAGUGAGGACUCGUGUGAUGAGGAUCAAGAUGGAGCUUCCAUGAAUCCAAGAAGAGGAAUAUCAGAUGAUAGCGAGGAUUCUGAGGAUGAAAUGGAUUGUAAUGAAGAAGAAGAUGAAAUAUUUCAGGAUCCCGGGUCGGACGGCGAUGCCUCGUGUGCAAUAUGUUUGAACGAAUUCACAAAGCAGAAAGUUGGAGUUCCAAACAACUGUCGGCACAUAUUCUGUGUGGACUGUAUUCUUGAAUGGAGUAAGAAUGCCAACUCAUGUCCGGUCGACAGAAUUGAGUUUGAAGCCAUUCAAGUUUAUCGAAGAUUUGGCGGAGUUUUUGUUCAUGAACUUGUUGUUGAGAAGAAGAUAAACGUGGUUGAAACUCACGAGAACGACACCAACUGUCAAGUGUGUGGUAGUGGGGAAAAUGAAGAGACUUUGCUUUUAUGCGAUGGAUGUGAUUUGGGAUACCAUUGUGCAUGUUUGAACCCACCUCUUGAACAAGUUCCUUCUGAUGAAUGGUUUUGUAUCAACUGUAGACCUUCACAUGCUGCAGAACCACAUCCAAGGCACCACCGAGUGAUUGGACGAACCUUAGCGAGCGAGCGUGUUCGAAGUGACAUCACAAGAUCAAGACUUCGACACUCUGCGCUUGUUUCUUCUCUAGAUGAACAAAUAGAUUCGAUCGUGACCGAGAUCCUCUCUAACUCCGGUCAUCGUCUCCGGAUCUCAAACUCUUCCGCGAGGAGACCAAGAUCUUCAUCUCGAAGAUCAACCUCCAGGAAGAAGAGGACAGGAUCAAAGAAGCGAAGAUCCACAUCCAAGAAGAGGACUUCCAAAAGAAGAAAGACUAAAAGAGGAAGAAAGACAAACAAGACCCCGAGACAUCCGAUGUCAAACCGAGUAUUUGGUGGAAGAUGUGACAACAAUGCUGGUAAUUCAACAACCAAUGAUAUCACUAAUGGUACGUUCAGUAUCAUGGGAGGAGCUGAUGAUUUGGAUGAAUACAUGCAAUCGCGUUCAGAUGAGGGCGAUCCAAGUUACAUUACCGCACAGAAACAUAGAAUGCUAUCUUUAUCCGCGAUAAGAUUCAACGUUCCGCUGCCUUCAUUGCUGUCGGCAUCUUCUACUCGUGGUAUGGACAGAGUUAGCCGACCACCCCCCACCCCUGACUUACUUGGAAGCAUCCUGCAAAGUCAGGAAGUCCUGCUUGCCCCGACCACCAACAUACAAAUACAAAGUGGGGGAAAAAUCCUGCUUAAGCCAAAGAGUCAAACCGGUCCAAACGAGUUAUUACCGGUUUCAUCCGCUAAAGAAAAGUUGUCAAAGACCCCUCACACACGACAGAAUGGAUUGUCACAUACUGAGAAUUCAGGUCAAUCUUCCAAAUCUAAGAAAGAAAAAGAAACGUCUUCCUCAUCCCGAUCUUCCCAUUCAAACAAAUCAUCUUCCUCUAAAUCCUCUUCUUCUCGAGAUAGAGGAUCAACAUCCAGUGAAACCUCGUAUCAGAAGAUCGAAAAGUCGUCCCAUGGAAGCGGAGGAGUUAAAUCUGAACCUCCAGAAGAUCAAGAUCAGGAUGAAAAACAGAUGAACAAAUCGGACAAAAAGUCCUCCGCAGCAGCAUUAAAAAAUCGUCGGAUCUUAAUCAGACCAGUCUUCAACCUCCCGAGCGGCAUCCAGAAGUCCGGGAGCAGCUCUAAAGAUCAAAGUGAGAGCCAGAAUGUUUAUGAUCCUUUUGAGCCGACAGAGGAUGAUGAGUUAUCUUUGCAUCCACAUCAGGAGGAUCUUCUUUAUGAUCCUUUCCAACCGACAAUCUCGGAUGAAGAAAAGGAAGAGAAAGAGAAAAAAGAUUCCAGCAUUGAAACAAAAGAAGUAAAAACCAAAGUGAAACAAGGGAAAAAAGGCUCAAAAGAGUCUUCAAAGGAAAUAAAGGAAGAGCCAGUGUUUGAUCUUGACGUGGAUGCGAUGUUAGAUGAUCAACUUGAUGCUGCAACUGAUCCCGUGCUUCUGGUGAAGACUCCUUUGAAGAAGGAGAUAAAACAAGAAAAAGUAGAAGAAGAGAAGAUGGAAAGUCCUCCUGCUCAUCCUCCUCCUAAAGUGAAGAAAGAGAGGAGUGACGCGGUUGAGCUCGAUAUGUUUGCCGAGAUGGAGUUGGAAAGAGUGGAGAAUGCUACGGAUGUAACUCGUGAUGAAGGUGAUCCUCUUGACUCUUGGAGGACCAAUGUCCCGUCUUCUUCUGAUCAAGUUUCUCUUCCUGGAUUCUCAUCUUCCAAGGAUACCUCCGGACCCCCUAUUAAGUUCAAGAAGUUAAACAGGAAGAUCAGGAACUCAUUUUCGAAGGAAAACAUCAACCAAGAGGAUAAUGAGGAAAAAAGUGUUGCUGAAAGUAGAGAAAAACAAGAGAAACCUGAGCAGGAUGAAAAACAAGAAACGGAAUCUGGAAACACUAGAAAUCCAUUGACAAAAGAUGAAUUGAAGAAAAAGUCUUCGGGAUCAAGGAGUAAAAGAUCAAGGUCCAAGAGCAGGAGUCGAGUGUCGCGUUCAAGGAGGUCCCGGUCUCGUUCAAGGAAUCGAAGAUCAUCUGAUGCACGUCGUCGAGAUUCAUAUGACAGGAGGACCUCGUCGAGCAAAUAUCCAAGGAAUAGGUCAAGGAACUCCAGGAGCAGAUCAAGAUCCAGGGAUCGGAAAAGAAGACGCUCGAGAUCAAAGGACCGAUCUAAAGAUAGGAAAGCUCGCUCCAGGAGCAGGUCAAGAAGAAGAUCAAAGAGCGAUCUUCAGUCUACUUCCCAACCAUCCACAAAAGAGAGUUUGGAAAAGAAAAAGGAAAAAAAGUCAGAAAAACGAGCAGUUAAAAACGAAGAGAAAUCUCUAGAAAGGGAAAAAGGUAAAAAAAGUAAGGAAAAAUCCCCUGAAAGUAUUGAAAAGAUUAAAGACAUGGAAAUAAAAAAAGAGCCAAUUUCAAACAGUACUGCAGUAGGAGAAUUAAGUGAAUCUCGAGAAAAAAACAAAGAUGACGUAAAAUCUGAAGGUGUUUCGGUAAAACAAAGUAGCAAUGUUGAUCAUGAGGCUGAAGCAAAAUCUAAAUCUAAAAAGAGGAAAAUUAAAGAGGAAGUUUUAUCAACAGAUGAUAAUUUGGAAGGGAAAUCUGAGAAGUUAAAAUCUGAGCAUGACAUAGCUGGUUCAAGUCAGGAGAAAACGAAACUUGAAAACAAAGAUUCGAAUCUUGAGAGGGAAAAAGUUGUGGGGAAGCAAGAUGUAAAGAAGAAGAAAAAGAAGAAAGAUGACAAGGAAGAGACUGGUCGUCCACUGAAGAGGAAGAAGAGCAAGCACAAAGAUGAGGAGUCUGUGAGUGAUCUUUCGGUGGAAACGAGCAAGAAAAAGAUAAAAGAAGAAGCGGCAUCUGAUCAUGAGAAGUCUCACGCGAAGAAACAUAAGAAGCACAAGAAGCAUGAUUCGGUGAAACAUGGUGAUGCUUCUCCCGUGAAAAGUCAUAAAUCUCACAAGAAGAAAAAAAAGAAAAGUCAUCAGGAGAAUGACGACUUUGCUGAUAUGCUCCUGGAGGACUUGGAGGUAACUAUAAAACCUGACACAUCAGAUGAGAAGAGGGAAAAGAGCUACUCUUCUUCCAAAGAGCAAGCUGUGAAAGAACCAGAAACUUGUUCUUCUGGGAGUUCAGGCGAUCACAGGAUGUUGGAUUCCGAUAAAACUGAUGAAAAGUUUGAAAAACUUGAAAUAAAAACUAAUUUUGAAGAAUCAAUUGAUGAUAUGCUCGAACAACCAUAUUUUAAAACCGAAACAACGACAGAAAGUAAGUCGGUUGAGAUGAAUAUGAUGUUGGAUGACGUAGAUGCGGGAAGAAGUAAAUCCUCAGAUUGUGACAUGAGAAGCCCUUCGCCGAUCUCUCCCAUCCUUCUCUCACCGGAUCAGAGUCCUCUUCCAGGAGCAAAUCACUCCCUCCUCUCAAAUGAUCUCAAAGAGACCCCAAGUUAUGCAGAAGAGUUUCUGGAGCAAUCGAGGAAGAGGUGGAAUGAAAAUCUCCGGAAGAAGUCGGUUUCUGUUACUCCGGAGGAUCUUCCUGAUAAGGAAGCGGGAAUCGAGUCUUCCCUUGGGAGCCAAAUUUCACCCCUAAAGUCUGAUGUGAAAAACUCAUCAAAUGAAGUAGUGAUGGUUAAACUAGAUAGUGACGACCAUGCAACGGUGUCCGACAUUUUUGCUGAGUCAUCAGGCAAUGUUACACCCAUGGAUGACUCAUCACAAAUUGCGCCGGAAAAUUUGCCUGGAGAAAAAACAAUUUCAAUUGAGUUGGAAAAGAAUUUUGAAAUAUCUAAAAGUGAUAAAAAAAGAGAAAGUGACAGAAAAGAAAAUGCUUCAUGUUUGAAGGAUAAAGUUGAAACUAAACGUAAAACUCCAGAAAAAAGCAAGUCCCGGUCAAAAUCGGAUAAAAAACACGAGUCUACUUCGAAAAGAAGAAGAUCCAGCGAUCACUCGUCUUCGAAGAAGCAAAGAUCAUCAAGGUCGCCACGUAGAAGAUCGGAGAGGUCACGAAAGCGGAGCCGUGACUCCGAUUCGUGGCACAAGCCACGGAGGAGGUCAAGUCGCUCUCAUUCGUCACCUGACCAUCAAAGACGGAGUGACAAACACAAGAGGUCGCCAUCACCAGUGAAAAGACGGGAUUCCAAAAAUACUCAUACUUAUAAAACUGAACUAAAAGUAGAAAAGGUUGAAGAACCGCAACCGAUUUCUACGAUAACGAGUCAAAAGUUUGAGCCAUUAGAAGAUAAUAUAACAGAACAUGAUUCUCAAAUACACAACGAGCUUUUAUUUUCUGCUCCAAAUAGUUCUGCGUUGAUUCAAAUCAACACAGUUGAUCAACCUGUAUUGAUGGAAGAUGUCUCAAGUAAAAUAUCCACACAACAACAACUUAUAUCUAAUAAAAACCAAAGUAGUGACAAAACCUCACCAAAGACACUUCCAAACAAAGUUCCCGUGGCCGUCAUAUCACCAACAAAACAAGAAGUAAAAGCACCCGAACUUUACUCUCCAUCUUGCCCCAUCUCCCCUGAGUCACCUGAACCAAUAGGAGACCUUCCUCCUCCCCCGCCGCCUAAAAUCAACCAAUCACCAGCCAAGGUUGGAGUGGGCGUAUCAAAAACAUCAGAAGUUGAAAACGAGAAGAAAUUAAACCCGACGCAAAUAUUAAACAUCGCUGGUUUGAAUCCCACACAGCAAUCGGCAGCUAAAGAUGCGAUCAUGAGCAUCGCUGAGUUGUCUCGACAACUACAACUGGGCCAGAUUCUCCCAAACAAAGAAACAAGCCAUAAAGAAAAAGAUGGAUUAUCUCCAGUUUCAAUUGAUAAUAUUGAAAGUUCUGCUGUUGAAAUGUACAACAAGGGAAAACAAAAAACGUUGCUGAAAAAACUAACUUUUCAACAAGAAGUUGUCGAAGCCGCAAAAUCAGCGAUUAAACCUCAUUAUGAACGAAGAGAAAUAAACAAAACGCAAUACAAGGAUAUUAUGAAACGAGCGGUUAAUAAAAUUUGCCAAGCUGACAAGACAAAGAUUGUAAAUCCUGUAAAAGUUCGUCGAUUAAUACGAAGAUACGUUGAAUGCUAUCAGAGGAAAAAUGUAAAAAGUAAAGAGAAAAUGAAAAACGUCUUGGAUUUAAAAGUUGAAAAACAUAUGCGUCCGAAAAUUUCCGAUCCUUCCGAGAGUCCUCCAAGUCCGAUUGGAUCUCCCCUCACUGCUCCUGAAUCCGCAUCGGAGGACACAAGCAACACUCCAUCACUGUUGAAGCGAGAGCCAAGGAAGAUCGUAACUCUUCCCGACUUACCGCUUCCCCCACCCCCCCCUCCACCAAGGCCAAGAUACUAAACUCAUAUUUUACAACAUGUAAACUGUGGCCUCUCACUUGUUAUUGUUUCAUUUACACCACAGAGUUAAAUAACAUUGCAUUUUUUUGCGAAAAGGGAAAUCUAAGAAAAUUGAAAUGCAAGAUAAUUUGAUUUUUUUGUCGGCAAAAAAAAGGAAAAUUUAAAAAAAAUCUAACUAAUAGAGAUUUCUUUUUUGGCGACUAUCAGUGUUAGUCUCACUGUGGUGUAAACAUUAUUUUUUAUCGAUUUUCAGGUCACUUUUUUAACCUGUCGCCUUUUCGUUUGGUGAACCCAAUUUUAAAUCUUGUGUUCGGACAAACUUGCGUUAUAAUCAUGUCAGUUUGCGAUCGUUUUAUUUAAAGUGCUGUGUGGACGUUUGCAUUCUGUAAAAAUACGUGUACAAAAUCUACAUAAAAACAUAAUGAGCAAGUA